GGAAAGUGAAGGAAGCCAGAAAUCUCAGCGGCGCCACCCGAGGCUAUUUAGUGGUGGUGUUGGGUUUGUGUUUCUGGGGGAGUUUUCCCCGUGUAGAAGGAAAGGCAGGCGGCUGACCAGGACCUGUUUGGGUACGGAGGCCGGCCGGCGGCGGAGCAACUUGAGAAGCGGGCAGCGGCACAGAGGGGAUGGUGCCGCGAGGCGCCGAGAAGGAGGCGCCGUCCGUCCGUCCGUCGCAGGGUUAGUGAAUGAGGCUCUCCGCCCGGGCCGGCCCGGGGACCGUGCGCGGCGGGUCCCAGCAUGAGUGCGGGCCCCGGCUGUGAACCCUGCACCAAGCGACCCCGCUGGGGCACCGCUGCGACGUCUCCGCCUGCCGCUUCUGACCCUCGGAGCUUCCCCGGCAGGCAGAGGCGCGUCCUCGACCCCAAGGACGUCCCUGGGCAGUUCAGGGUCCCACGGUCCUCAUCAGGCUGCACCCCGGGGCGGGCGGGACGGCACAGAGGCAGCUCCGUCCUUCUUGCCUUCAAACAAAAGACCAUUACCAGUUGGAUGGACACUAAAGGAAUUAAGACAGCAGAAUCAGAAAGUUUGCACAGUAAAGAAAACAAUAAUACAAGAGUAGAAUCCAUGACGAAUUCUAUACAAAAAGAUAACUUUUAUCAGCAUAACAUGGAAAAAUUAGGAAAUGUUUGUCAGCUCAGUCUUGAUAAAUCAUCAGCUGAUAAAAAUACACAGUAUUUGAAUCAGCAUCAGACUGCAGCUAUGUGUAAGUGGCAAAAUGAAGGUAAGCGUACAGAACAGCUUUUGGAAAGUGAACUUCCAGCAGUAACUCUGGUACCAGAGCUAUUCAGUAAUGCUAAUGUUGAUCAGUCACCACAUAACAAUGAUCACAGUGACAGCGACUGUGAAGAAAGUAGAGAUAAUCAACAAUUCUUGACAUCCAUAAAGCUUUCAAAUACAAAGCAGACUACAGAAGAUGAACAGCCCAGAGAAACUAAAAAUCACCAGAAGUACAGCAAGCCUUGCCAUCCUAUGAAAGACUGUGCAGAUCCUCAGCAAGAAGAGAUAGAUGUCGUACCAGAAAGUCCCUUGUCAGACAUUGACUCUCAGGAUGUUGGCGCUGAACUAAAAAAUGCUAACAAACUGAGUUUACAAGAAAGUAACCUGGGAAUUUCUCCUCCAUUUGAGAAAGAAAGUGAACCUGAGUCGCCAAUGGAUGUAGAUAAUUCAAAAAACAGUUGUCAGGACUCAGACGCAGAUGAAGAGAUUAGUCCAGGUUUUGAUGAACAGGAGGCUAACAGUUCCUCCCAAACAGCAAAUAAACCAAGGUCCCAAGCAAGGGAAACUGACACUGAAUUGAAGAAACGAUCUUCUGCUAAGGGAGGUGAAAUUCGACUACAUUUCCAGUUUGAAGGAGAAGGUAGUCACACUGGCAUGAAUGAUUUAAACACCAAACUACCUGGAAGUACUUCCAGUUUGAAUGUAGAAAGCAGAAAUUCCAAGCAACAUGGGAAAAAAGAUUCUAAAAUCACAGAUCAUUUCAUGAGAAUGCCCAAAGCAGAGGACAAAAGAAAAGAGCAGUGUGAAAUCAAACAUCAAAGAACAGAAAGGAAGAUCCCUAAAUACAUUCCACCUCACCUCUCUCCAGAUAAGAAAUGGCUUGGAACUCCUAUUGAGGAAAUGAGAAGAAUGCCUAGGUGUGGAAAUCGACUGCCUCUCUUGAGACCAUCUGCCAGUCAUACAGUGACUAUUCGGGUAGAUCUUUUGCGAGCUGGAGAAAUCCCUAAGCCUUUUCCAACACAUUUUAAAGAUUCAUGGGACAACAAGCAUGUUAAGAUGCCUUGUUCAGAGCAAAACUUAUAUCCUGUGGAAGAUGAGAAUGGUGAACGAACUGCAGGCAGUCGGUGGGAGCUCAUUCAGACUGCACUUCUCAACAAAUUUACACGACCCCAAAACCUUAAGGAUGCUAUUCUGAAAUAUAAUGUUGCAUAUUCUAAGAAAUGGGACUUCACAGCUUUAGUUGAUUUCUGUGAUAAGGUGCUUGAAGAAGCAGAAGCUCAACACCUCUAUCAAUCUAUUUUGCCUGAUAUGGUCAAAAUUGCACUCUGUCUGCCAAAUAUUUGCACCCAGCCAAUACCACUCUUGAAGCAGAAGAUGAAUCAUUCCAUCACGAUGUCUCAGGAACAGAUUGCUAGUCUUUUAGCUAAUGCUUUCUUCUGCACAUUUCCAAGGAGAAAUGCUAAAAUGAAAUCGGAGUAUUCUAGUUAUCCAGACAUUAACUUCAAUCGAUUGUUUGAAGGGCGUUCAUCAAGGAAACCAGAGAAGCUUAAAACACUCUUCUGCUACUUUAGAAGAGUCACAGAGAAAAAACCUACUGGGUUGGUGACAUUUACAAGACAGAGUCUUGAAGAUUUUCCAGAGUGGGAAAGAUGUGAAAAAUCCCUGACUCGACUGCACGUUACUUAUGAGGGUACCAUUGAAGGAAAUGGUCAAGGAAUGCUACAGGUGGAUUUUGCAAACCGUUUUGUUGGAGGUGGAGUAACCAGUGCAGGACUUGUUCAAGAAGAAAUUCGCUUUUUAAUCAAUCCUGAAUUAAUUGUUUCACGACUAUUCACUGAGGUCCUGGAUCACAAUGAAUGUCUUAUCAUCACAGGUACCGAACAGUACAGUGAAUACACAGGCUAUGCUGAAACAUAUCGUUGGGCCCGGAGUCAUGAGGAUGGAAAUGAAAAAGAUGACUGGCAGCGGCGUGGCACAGAAAUUGUCGCCAUUGAUGCCCUUCACUUCAGACGCUACCUUGACCAGUUUGUGCCUGAGAAAAUCAGACGUGAGCUUAACAAGGCUUACUGUGGAUUUCUCCGUCCUGGAAUUUCUUCAGAAAAUCUUUCUGCAGUGGCCACAGGAAAUUGGGGCUGUGGUGCCUUUGGUGGCGAUGCUAGAUUAAAGGCUUUAAUACAGAUACUGGCAGCUGCUGUUGCUGAGCGAGAUGUGGUUUAUUUCACCUUUGGGGAUUCAGAAUUGAUGAGAGACAUUUACAGCAUGCACACUUUUCUUACUGAAAGGAAACUGACUGUUGGAGAAGUAUAUAAGCUAUUGCUACGAUAUUACAAUGAAGAAUGCAGAAACUGUUCCACCCCUGGGCCUGACAUCAAGCUCUAUCCCUUCAUCUACCAAACUGUUGAAUCCAGUGCAGAGACCACCAGCCAGCCAGGACAAAGGACUGGGUCCUGAGGAACCAAGGAAAGAGAACCUCCUGGCACCUCUCACCAGAAAUGUCCUAGUUGAAUUUCCAGGUGUAAUAUACAGACUGGCUUAUCUUAAUGUAAAUGUAUAUAAUCUGCCUUUGUAGGUAAGGAUGCAAGCUCACACACAUAGUUUGUAUAUCUUGCUUUACAUAGGUUUAGAUAAAUCUUGUUACCAUUUUCCUUUAUUUCAUUCUUUAAUUUGCCUUUCUUUUACUCAUCAUGAUGUUUUUUGAAAUCCCAUGAAAGAUUACACUCAGCCUGUCAGCUAUUUUCUCAGAUGCCUGUAUAUUAUGCAGAUUGCCUCUGCAGCUGACAGGUACCAGCGAUGCUGAGGAAGAAGUUAAAAUUCAAGUAUCUCUUUGUGAGCCUUUCACCCCAACUCUUAUCUGUAUUUUGGGUUUUUUUUUUUAAUUUUGAAAAUUAAGAGAUGGGUUUUGUUUUUCUUACACAUUACAUAACGUAGAUCAUAUAGGUCUAAAUUGUUUUAUUUAAGACAGACUCAUUUUUCAGAAACAGUUCUCUUGAGGGAAUAGAGAGAUCCCAUGCCUAGUAGAGCAUGUACCUUGCCAUGUGUGGUUUGAGUCCUGGCACCACAUAGGAGGUGCCAUGUUAUUGGGGGAAAGCUCUGGUGAUGUGGUAUCUCUCCCAGGUUUUGUUUGUUUGUUUUUGUCUUUCUUUCUCUGAAUAAAAAAGCUCACCCAGUAAUAGUGAAAUCACACAUAUAUGGGAUCCUGGCUCCACCAGAAAGGGAAUUAUUUUGAGAUAUCACCAUUACAUAUAAUAGUUUUUUUCUUUCCUCUAGUCAAUUUUUAUUCAUACUGUUUUGGGAAAUUAACCAAUAUGGAAAGAAAUGUAAAAUAAAAGAGUUUGUCAUUAUGUUGCUAAAAGAGAGAGACUCAAAUGAAUUGAGAGAUUUUUUGUUUUCUUUUUAUUUCUUGGGUUUUUUUGUUUUUUUUUAAUAAGGAUUAUCGUUGGUUUCCUGGUGCUUAAGGCAUGUUCAUAUAACCAAAGUUUGGGAACUGGGAACAUCAUGCUGAUAUAUAAAUAAUUAAGGUUUUCUUGUAUUCAAAGGCUAUAUAGUUAAUAAAUUUUCAUUAACAAA